AUGGCCGACGCAAGCAUGCUUUACACUAUUGGCGCCUAUGCCACCCUGAUUGGGUUUGGCUAUGCCAUCUAUCACUUUUCGACACAAAAGGACAAGCAGAAGGGCGGCGUCACUAUUACCAAGCCCGCAAAAGCCCCCCAGCAGCCAACUGUUCGGAAAGAAGACCGAAAAAAGAAGCAGCGAAUGGAGAGCUAUGCGACUGAGAGCAAGUCAUCCAAGCCCGAAGCUCAGAAAGAAAAGGCCCCCGAAGCCAACCAGUGGCUGAGCAAUGAUGCUGAGAAGCAAGAAAAGCUCGACAACCGAGAGUUUGCCAGACAGCUCUCCAAGGCCAAGGAGGGUGCCAAGUUCGAUAACAAGAAGGAGGCUGCCAAGCAGCGAGAGAAGACUGUGAAGCAGUCCAAGGCUAACAAGUCCAAGGCUGCGCCGGCCCCAGAGGCCGUCGUUUCUGCCCCGUCGUCCAACGGCGCCGACGCCGACGAUGACGAGUCUCCUGUUGCUCUGUCUCCCGAGACUCGUCCCGUGGACGUCAGCGGUGUCAGCGACAUGCUCGAGCCAGCCUCUACGACCGGCCCUUCCGUUCUCCGUCUCACUGAUACCGAGUCCAAGAAGCAGAAGAAGAAGGCUUCCAAGAACCCUGAACCGGUUGAGACCAAGAAGCAGAGACAGAACAAGAAGAAGGCCGAGGCCGCCAAGGCUGCUCGUGAUGAGACCGAGAAAGAGCGCAAGGUUCUCGAGGAGAAGCAGCGCCGAACUGCUCGCAUAGCCGAAGGCCGUGCUGCUAAGGAUGGCUCUGAGUUCAUGGCAGCCGUCAAUGGAAAGAAGUCUGCUUGGGACGGCACCAAUGGAACCAACGGUGCUGCUGCUAAGAACGGAGAUGCAGCUGCCUAUGCCCCUCUUGAUACCUUUGAGAAGUCCACUCCUGCCCCCACUGCCAAGAAGGAGACUGUCAACCAGCUAGAGAGCUCUUGGAUCUCAGCUCUCCCCUCCGAGGAGGAGCAGAUGGAGAUGCUCAAAGAAGAAUCUGAUGAGUGGAACACCGUCAAGACCAAGUCUUCCAAGAAGUCCAAGAAGGCUUCUUCAGUUGAAUCCGGAGAGGAGGCCACCCAGGCCCGUCCUGCGGCUCAGACUCAGCAAUCCACCGAGACCAAGAACCGCCCUGCGGCUAAGCCUGCAGCCGCCAAGAACUUUGGAGGAUCUUUCUCUGCAUUGACCACUAAGGAUGAUGAUGCCGAGGAGGAGGUUGAGGAGGAGUGGGAUGUCUAA